UCGAAAAGAGAAAGAAAGUCAAAGCGUAGCCGAUUGUCAAUUUGGGACCGAAAAAUCGCACGAGUCUAAACUUGGCAAUAGUCAUUGACUUCUUAGUGGCACUUCCGCAGCCCAGUAGAGGCGAAGUCUCAUGAGAUGUGGACCCUUCAGGCUCCCCAACCUGUCCAACAUUUCCACCACCCCGUCCAUGCGGCGUCGCAGCGCCACGCCACCGUCGCCUUCCGCCCCUCAACCACCACCGACAAUAACCAGUUAAUCCAAUCGCUCUGUAAAAAGGGCAGCUUCAAACAAGCCAUUCAAGUCCUCUCUCAUGAACCCAACCCCACCCAGCGCACCUACGAGCUCUUGAUCCUCUCUUGCGCCCGCCAGAAGUCCCUCUCCGACGGCUUGGCGGUUCACAAUUGCCUCGUCGAUGACGGGUUCGAUCAGGACUCCUUUUUAGCCACGAAGCUCAUAAAUAUGUAUUAUGAGCUGGACUCUAUCGACUAUGCCCGCCAGGUGUUCGACAAAAUUAACAACAGAACUAUAUUUGUUUGGAAUGCGUUCUUUAGGGCUUUAACCUUGUCUGGUCAGGGUGAAGAGGUGUUGGAUCUUUACCGUCGGAUGAACCGGAUAGGAAUUCCUUCUGACAGGUUUACGUACACGUAUGUACUGAAAGCCUGCGUUGCUUCCGAGUCAUUGGCCUCAUUGCUACAAAAGGGGAAGGAAAUUCAUGCCCAUAUUUUGCGACAUGGGUACGAAACGCAUGUCCACAUUAUGACCACUUUGGUGGAUGUCUAUGCAAGGUUUGGCCGUGUAUCGAAUGCGGCUUGUGUUUUCAAUGACAUGCCGGUGAAGAAUGUGGUUUCAUGGAGUGCCAUGAUCGCUUGUUAUGCAAAGAAUGGAAUGCCCUUUGAAGCUUUGGAACUUUUUCGUGAUAUGAUGCUUGAGACCACUGAUUUACUUCCAAAUUCGGUGACAAUGGUCAGUGUACUCCAAGCUUGUGCAUCACUUGCUGCUUUGGAGCAAGGUAAGUUGAUACAUGGCUACAUACUCAGAAAAGGGCUUGAUUCAAUUUUGCCGGUUAUAAGUGCUCUUGUGACAAUGUAUGCAAGAUGUGGUAAUCUUGAACUGGGGAGACGCGUCUUUGAUCAGAUAGAUAAGAGAGAUGUUGUUCUGUGGAAUUCCAUGAUUUCAAGUUAUGGGAUUCAUGGAUUUGGGAGAGAGGCAAUUCAAACUUUUAAGCAGAUGAUUCGCGAACAAAUCUCUCCAAGUCUCAUAUCAUUUGUUAGUGUUCUGGGAGCUUGUAGCCACGCAGGGCUUGUUGAGGAGGGCAAACUUUUGUUCAAUUCUAUGGUUAAAGAACACAGAAUCUAUCCUAGUGUGGAGCACUAUGCUUGCAUGGUUGAUCUUCUAGGCCGUGCCAAUCAAUUAGAUGAAGCAGCAAAGGUAAUAGAAGACAUGCGGAUUGAACCUGGAAGGAAAGUUUGGGGUUCCCUUCUUGGAGCAUGCAGGAUACAUGGCAAUGUUGAGUUUGCAGAGCGAGCAAGCCAAAGACUUUUUGAGCUUGAGCCUAUGAAUGCGGGGAAUUAUGUUCUCUUGGCUGAUAUUUAUGCAGAAACUAAGAUGUGGGAUGAGGUAAAAAGGGUGAAGAAGCUGCUCGAAGCUCGCGGGCUGCAGAAAGUCUCAGGUUGCAGUUUGAUUGAAGUUGGAAGGAAGAUAUAUUCAUUCACAUCAGUUGAUGAAUUCAACCCACAAAUUGAACAAGUCCAUGCUUUAUUACUAAAGCUAUCCGCGGAGAUGAAGGAGAAGGGUUAUGUUCCAGAGACCAAAGCGGUGCUCUAUGAUCUUGAUACACAAGAGAAGGAAAGAAUGGUAUUAGGCCAUAGUGAAAAACUGGCAGUUGCCUUUGGACUGAUUAACAGCAGCCGAGGAGACACCAUUAGGAUCACCAAGAACCUGAGAUUAUGUGAAGACUGUCAUUCUGUCACAAAGUUUAUUUCCAAGUUCACAAAUAGAGAGAUUCUAGUGCGAGACGUUAACCGGUUCCAUCAUUUCAAAGAUGGGGUUUGUUCGUGCGGAGAUUAUUGGUAAUCUUGUGUGAACUUCAUUUAUAAUUUCGCUUUUAUUACUUCUCACUUGCAAUUCCUUGUUAGAGCUUAGAGUAAGUUUGAUAUGUACAGUUCCCAACACCUGAUCACAAGAUAUAUACUUUACUACCAAUGCUAAUGAAGGACGUUGAGAUUUUUUACUAAUUUAUCUACUUGUU